AAUUUGUAUUUUUCAUGUCUUGUGCAUAAAUAAAUAACGAGGUUUUUAAUUUUUUUUUAUUUCAACAUUUCUCGUGAAUUUCACUGAUUUUACAACCAAAGAGAAAAUUGUAAUGUGAAAAUGUACUAAAUUGAUUUUUAGAUAGGGUAACAUAUACAGUAAUUUACUUUUCAAGAGUAUUCUACAAAUUAAUGGUGAAUGGAAAAAUGCAAGUUUGGUCCCUGCACGAAAUGUGUUCGUAAGGAGGUGAACGUGGAGUUGGAGCGUGAGGCAGGGGUUUUCGAGGCCGGGUCCGGGAGCGGAAGCGCGGGGCCGGCGGCGGAGGUGUGGCGGCGGCAGUGCGGCUGCGUGCGCACCAGCGACAAGCUGCGCCGCAUCAUCGAGCAGUUCCCCUGCGCGCCGCCUCCCUCCCCCGCUGAUAAGGGCACCUCUCAAUUCCAUAAUACUGGGGCUUGCAUCUCCGCGUUCUGUUCCGUGCACCAAAACGCGUUCCCGAACUGCGAACACCGCGCCGAUGACUCGAUCGAAUGUGCCAACAUGGUCAAGGAUAAAGAAAUAGAGCCAGAAAGUUCCCGACCGUUCGGUGUGGUGACUGACAUAGUGCAGUUGCUGCAGUUAUCGGUGACUGCCACUGCACUCGCCCUCUACUACCUCAUCUACUGCUACAUGCAGCUCGUAUAUUAUACGCUGCGAUCUGCUCUCUACUUUCAUAAUGCUGAUGGGCCAAUGAAGAUAACGAUCGGCGUGGUGACGCUGACGUCACUUAUCGUCGGCUUCAACCUGCUGGUGCGACUCGAGCGGCUCUUCUUCAUCUUCAAUUGAUACGCGAAUUGUUUAACAUAUGAGAUAAAUUUAUAAUGUCCUUGAUAUCUGGUGUUAUUUGAAAAUAAAACAAAUCCAUUAGUUUGUUUGUUCUAACGA